AUGCUUACCAAAGUAGAAUACACAUCAAACGACAUUCUCAUCCCCGAUACUUUCCUCUCUGCUCCACCUGAAACACCAAUAACUUCUUACCCCAUCGACUUUGCAAACUCACCUCUUCCUCAAUACGACGGUCACACCGCUAUCGUGCUAGACAACGUCCUCUCGCCAGAAGAAUGCAAAGAACUUCUCGCACUAGCAGAGGCGUCGGUUCCAAGACCUGAUGAGAGUGCGCCGGCUUGGAAACCUGCUUUGAUAAGCGCCGGUCCUGGAUGGGAGGCUCCGGCACCGGGGUAUAGGGAGAGUGAUAGGAUUAUAUGGAAUCAGCAGACUGUCGUUGAUAGGCUCUGGGAGCGUUGUUUACUCUCUGAAGGUUUGCGGGAGCUUUUGGCUGUUGUGCCGCCGCAGCCUUAUAUGAAGGGUGGGAAUUGGGUGUUUAGUCGGUUUAACGAGAGGAUGCGAUUCUUGAAGUAUUCACCUGGGCAAUUCUUCAAACCUCACUGUGACGGUCCCUUUUACUAUACUGAAGGUCCUGGUAAAGAGUUUGAGACUUUCUACACUGUUCAUCUUUACCUCAAUGACUCUAUUGAGAAUGAUCCAGCAUCACAGCUUGAAGGCGGUGCAACUUCGUUCCUUGACAGAAGGGGAGAGAAAAGAGUCGAUGUGAACCCCAAAGCUGGAAGCGUUCUCAUCUUCCAACAUAGAGGACUCUUCCAUGAGGGAGCAACAGUACGCAAGGGGAUCAAAUACACCAUGAGGACAGACAUUCUCUACGAGUGGGUGCCUGAUAAGGAAACAGAAGAAAAAUCUGAAGAGGCCAACUAG